AUGUCGAAUGGACGGUUGGAUGAGGUCGGAACAAAGCUGGCCCAAAUGACCGAACACGCUGAACGGAUCGAAUUGCUAGUCAGCAAGAUCGACCUGUUCAAGAACGCGACAAAAGGACUGUGGAAGCCAGGGCCGCCUGUCGCAAUUGGGAUGGUCAGCGGUAAAUCAGGGUUGCACGUGGUGUUCACGAGACCGGUCGAGCUCCGGACAAAAUACUUCGAGCUCAACCACGCUCCGUACCUUCAAGCGGGUGCAACUUACCUUUGCCGUUCCUGGCCGUUCCUGAACGAGAAAAAGGCCGAUGUUGAUCGCGAACUGCCGCUGGGACGAACUUGGAAUAAAUUACAUGCUGACUCAGCCCGGACCCGAGCACCGCGCAACCAGGGAAACUCUGGAUCGUUGCAUCAUCGUGAGCAUCAUCCACUUUCUACUGCUCGCCAGACCCAAGAGGACUUGGAGAGAUAUUGA